AUGACUGUAUUGAAAUAUAUUGGUCGUGUGGUAUAUGCCAUUACUUUAAGCACACUUUUGAUAUCAUGUGCUGUCAACUUUUCAUUGUCUUCGUGGAUACCGUGCAUAAUGGACGGAGUUGAUUGCAAUAACAAAGGAUUUACAUCCCUGUCAGGAAUGUUUUCGAGGUUCGUAGCCACGACUUGUUUUAUAUCGUGCUUGAUUAUGCUUUAUAAAUACAGCUUUUCGAUGAAGGGGUACAACAAUAACGUCGAGGCAUACGAUAACUACUCUCCAGUUACUCGAAAGGACCGUCGCAGUUAUUUGGUAUUUACCUGGACUGUCACACUCUCCUUAUUGUCAAUCAUCCUUCCUAUAAAUAUCCUUCGGUUGAAAAUCUUGUACGCAAAUCAAACAAUUUUCGUAGCUUGGAUGUUUAUGGUGUUUUUGUACAUAGAAAAUCUUUUUAUUUCCGUUUUGGAGUUGUACUUCGCGUCCAAGUGCUGGAAUCUGUACUUGAAGUUUAGCAGUAUAAACUCUGACCUAAAACGGCUCAAGGACGAAGUCUCCAAUGAUUUCCCACUGUCAACGGACGGGCAGCUAAAAAAACGUUAUCACCUUAGAUGGGUGCACCGACAACAUCGGAUUACUAAUGAUAAAAGCUUUCAUCGUACACCGAACGGACAAGCCACUGUUGUCGAAAUCCUUAGAAUCCGGCAUCGACUAAUCCGUGAAGCGGUCACCAAUCUCACCGAAUUGUUUGGCAUUCCGCUGUGUUUGUCUUUAUGCUCACUGUGCGUAAUGGCAUUAUUUGAUAUCUACUACGAAGUAUUCAUUUUGAUGAACUUUCGGAAUCGAUCAAACUUAUUUAUUUAUGGUUGGUUGGCACAAUACUCAUAUCGGUUCUAUAUGAUUGUAAUGGUUGCUAAUACCAUGAUGAAGCAGAUACCUGUUGAAUGUUUUCAUUCCGAAAUAGCAACUUAG